AUCAAUGCGUACAUUUCACUAUCUACACGAAAUAAUUAAAAAAAAAUGACAUAUACUGAAUCUAAUUUACUGAAUCCACAUAAUUCUUGUAAUCCACAUGAAAAACAAUUUUCUAAUCUAAUUUUUGUGGUAUAGAAAUACAUACACAGAGUCAAAGAGUCCAGGGGCACAUACACAGGCUCACAUAUAUAAUAGCUACUCUUGUCUCCUAUUUUUGUCAGGUACACACACACCAAAAAAAAACAAAAACAAAAACCAAAAAAACAAAAAAAAACAUUAUUAAUGGUGAUGAGAAAGGGUUUGGCAACAGCCAUGAACGCCCAAACCUUGGGUUCAGGUAACCUAACCAUAGUUCUGGCACAUGGCUACGGUGGUGACCAGUCGGUUUGGGACAAAGUCUUGCCGCCGUUGGCUGCCAACCACUGUGUUCUCGUCUUUGACUGGUGUUUUUCCGGCGCCGUUGACCACAACUCGACCCUCUAUGACCCCAUCAGGUGAGCUUAUUGUAUUUAGAUCUUAUUUUGUAUAUCGAAAUGGCUAAAUACGUUGAAUAAUUUGGAGCAGAUGACAAUAGUCAUGGCCAAAUCCAGUUUGGGCCGCGUUUUUGGAGUCUUGAACUGGCCCGAUAAUAUAUACAGGCCGGUUCAUAAUCGGCCACCCGAUUCUAGGCCGAACCAAUAAAUAAAAGACAUAAUAAAUAAUAAAAAAAAUCACCGAAUUGGAACCGGCAGUUCAAAUUGUCAAAAAUCACGAACCUGAACCGGCCUAGGUAAAACCACGGGAUGGCCAACGGUUAACGGGCCUAACUGGGCCUGUUUGAUGGGUCGGUUCGGCCCGCAAAAGUAAUCAGGCAAAUCUGACGCCUAUCUCAAAUUACUUGGCAUAUUUUAUAUAACGCGAUAAUUGAAAACUCGAUGUAAAAGUUGUUGGAAAAUUUUGCCGGUUUUGCCUCAAAUUACUCUAAUGCUGCACUCGAAAAAGCGCAGGCACAGUAAGUACGAGGGUUUUGCGGAGGAUUUGAUUGGUUUACUCGACGAGAUGAAAAUUGGGUCGUGUGUAUUCGUUGGUCACUCCAUGUCGGGUAUGAUCGGGUGCAUCGCGUCCAUUAAAAGGCCAGACCUCUUCACCAGGCUCGUCCUCGUUGGACCUUCUCCCAGGUAUAUAAACAGUGAAGACUAUGAAGGAGGUUUUGACAAGUCAGACAUAGACAACAUCUUCUCGAGCAUCGAGUCCGAUUUCGAGGAUUGGGCUUCGAAAUUUCCAUCUCUUGUCGUGGACUCGAGUGAUCCAACCUCCGUAGACAAGUUCCGGAAGUGUCUUAAGAGAAUGAGGCCUGAAGUCGCGCUAUCCAUGGCAAAAACCGUGUUCCUUUGCGACUAUAGAGACAUUCUCGACAAAAUCGAGAAGCCAUGUGAUGUCAUCCAGACAAGAAGUGACGUCGUGGUCCCACGCUCAGUUCUCGAGUUCUUCGAGAGGAAGCUCAAGGGGAAAUGUAAGGUGAAGGUUAUCAAGGGUACUGAGGGUCAUUUUCCUCAGCUUACUGCAGAUGUCGAGUUUGUUGAAGUGUUGGAGGAUAUUUUAUUAGGUUGUUGAUAGUUACUUUCUUUUACUUUUUUUUUUUUUUU